CACGCGGGAGUUUGCCGGUAAAAACUGCGUCAACAUGGAUCUAAGUGCAGAGCAAAGAAGACGACAAAACAUCCUUGACAACAAACGAAUUUUGGCGGAAAUUGGUCUUAUUAACCCGUUUAAAAACUUGCCUAGAGUGCAGCUGAAGAAAAGUGGCUUAAAACGCAAGGCUCAAGAUGAGAUUCCAAGGAGAGCAAAGAAGCCCCUUUUGGAAGAAAACAUUGAUAUUAGCAGCCCUCGCAUGACAACAAGACGGCGUUCUGCAAGAAUACAAGGCAGUCCGAGUGUUCUAGGUUCAGAGGUUCUGGAUGAUUUUGAUGAUGAUGAAGAUGAGGAGAAUCGAAUUCGCAGGGUGGCACCCAACAGACCUAAUUUCUAUGGUGCAGUCUCUGGCGUGGAAGUGGGAGCCAGCUGGUACACGAGGAUGGAGUGUUGUAGGGACGGCAUACACAGGCCGACAGUUGCUGGAAUCCAUGGGGGACCAGAUGGGGCAUACUCGAUCGCCCUGUCUGGAGGUUAUGAUGACAAUAUUGACCUGGGGGAGUGUUUUACAUACACAGGGGAGGGUGGACGCGACCUGAAAGGAACCAAGACUAACCCAAAGAACCUUCGAACAGCUGCACAGUCCAAGGACCAGACCUUGACACGAGGCAACCUGGCCCUCAGUCGUAACGUUGAUACAGGCAAUCCAGUCCGGGUCAUUCGGGGAUACAAGCUGCCAAGCCCUUUUGCCCCGGAGGAGGGUUACAGAUAUGAUGGUCUGUACAGCGUGGAGAAGGCCUGGUAUACUGCCGGGCAGUCUGGCUUCAUGGUAUGGAAAUUUGCUCUGAAGAGGUGCCCAAACCAGGAUCCACCCUCCUGGACAAUUGGCGAGGAUGGUGAGGGUUUGAAAAGCCCCACUAAAGACCAGACAGAAGUCAAGAAACAGGAGGAUGACACCAGUAAACCAAGCCCUAGGGACAACACGGAGAUGGGAGAUAUCAAUGAUGAUACUAAGGCUACAACUGAUGAAAUGCAAGAUGAAGAUGUGGAAAUUAAGUCAGAAAAGGAAGGUGAUAAUGAUGAAGAUAAACAUGUAAAAGAAGAACAGUCAGAAACAACUGACAAAGAUCCAGAUAGUGAUGAUGCUAAAGGUGUUGAAGAUGAACAAGUAAAAAAGGACAACAAAAUUGAUAACUUGAAGUCCGACUCUAGAAAAGAAACUGAAAGGGUAAAAACAGGUAUUGAGAAAAAAACUGAAAAAGAGGAACAUGAAAAAACGAAUGAUUUAGAUGAUGAAAGUGCAGAAGAAAAAAAUGAAAUAAAACAAUCUAUCACUGAAAAUGCUGGUGCUAUUGAAGAAGAAAACACUAGCGAAGUUGAGGCUGAAAAUGGCAAGAAACAAGAUGAAGAUGACAUAAUUGAUGCAGGUCAGAACAGAGACAAGGUGAGGAAGGCAAAUAUGGCAGAUAAAUCAGAACAUAACGCUGACAAGAAUGAUGAAGAAAAUAAUAGAGAAGUUGAGGCUGAAAAUGACAAGAAACAGGACGGUGAUGCUUAAAAGAACAGAGGGGAGAUUCGUGAAGAACAAGUGGCAGGUGGAUAAUAAGAACAUCAAGAUGACAACAAUGAUGAAGAAACUGCAGCUGAUCAGGAUAAGAUAUGAAAAAAGAAAACAUAUCAUCUGACAUGUGCAUAGGUUAUAAACAUUUUGAAAGAUUUCAAGAAUGUGAAGACAAUACAUGUACAUCUUUAUUACAAGUACUUGAAGUGUAUAUUGAUUGUGGGUUUUUUUUGGAUGGCACAUAGAUUUUCUACAUAGUAUUGAGUUAAUGCCAAGAAUCAUUGCCAUGAUUUGUUGAGUAAACGGAAAGUUAGAAAUUUAAUGUUUGUGAUAAGUCUGAUUUCUUCUAUUAAAUUUUUAGCAUUUCAUUAUUCAAUAUUGUACAAUUGUAUAUAUUUUUAUCAGUUGUUAAUGUCAAUUAUUUUUAUAUACGAAGUUAUUCAUCAUGCUACUGAGUUAGAUGUCAAAAUGUAAAGGUCAUGUAACAAUGGGUCAAUGAAAUGUAUGUUUACUUAGGUUAUAAUUGUAUAUAUUUUAUCAGUUGUUAAUGUCAAUUAUUUUAUGUACUAGGUUGGUUUUUUAGAACAUUACCGCUGCUGAUUUGGGUGUCAAAAUGUCAAGGUUAUAUUACAAUGUGUUUAUGAAAUAUAAGUUUACUUUGGUUACAAUAAUGAAUUGUAUAUAUUUUAUCAUUUGUUAAUGUCAAAUAAAUGUUUAUG